AAACCACGGACAAAAGCGUCUCGCGAGAACAAGAGCCUUAUUUGAGCGCACGCGCGAGUUGAAGCACUCUCUUUUCCGGUUACUGCGGCGCGAGUUACCAUGAGCAGCAAAGUCUCCCGCGACACCCUGUACGAGGCGGUGCGGGAGGUCCUGCACGGGAACCAGCGCAAGCGCCGGAAGUUUCUGGAGACCGUGGAGCUGCAGAUCAGCCUGAAGAACUAUGACCCUCAGAAGGACAAACGCUUCUCGGGCACCGUCAGGCUUAAGUCCACCCCCCGCCCCAAGUUCUCUGUGUGUGUUUUGGGGGACCAGCAACACUGUGAUGAGGCCAAGGCAGUGGACAUUCCCCACAUGGACAUUGAAGCGCUGAAGAAACUCAACAAGAAUAAAAAACUAGUCAAGAAGCUGGCCAAGAAGUAUGAUGCCUUUUUGGCUUCAGAAUCUCUGAUCAAGCAGAUUCCACGAAUCCUGGGUCCAGGCCUGAAUAAAGCUGGCAAGUUCCCUUCCUUGCUGACCCACAAUGAGAACAUGGUGGCCAAAGUGGAUGAAGUGAAGUCCACCAUCAAAUUCCAGAUGAAGAAGGUGCUAUGUCUGGCAGUGGCUGUUGGCCACGUGAAGAUGACGGACGAUGAGCUUGUGUACAACAUCCACUUAGCUGUCAAUUUCCUGGUGUCCUUGCUCAAGAAGAAUUGGCAGAACGUCCGGGCUUUGUACAUCAAGAGCACAAUGGGCAAACCCCAGCGCCUUUACUAAGACCGUUUAAUAAAAAAAUCCUAGUGCUACCGUUAA